GUAAAACAAAAAAUAUCAUCAUUUAAGUUGUAACACUAGAUAGCAACAAUGGCAUUCAAGGCUAUCGUCCUCUGCGCCUCUGCACUCUUCGUGCAGUCUGCUGUGAGUCAGUGUCUCGGUCGCAUGGCUGCCCCAUUGGCUACUCCCUUGGCCGGUAUUCCCACCAUGGCUUACGAAGGUUUGGCCUUUGACGGUCUCGCUGGCUGGCCCGCUGGCCGUCUCGGUUGUGGUAUCUACGGACCCGCUAUUGCUCCCGCCGUUGACAUAGCCGCCGCCAGCACCCUCAACGCUGCCUACGGUGGUGGUCUGCCCGUCGCCACUGCCUCCCCCGCUGCCCCCACCGGCCUCGCUGUCGCCUCUGAGAACGUGUACGAGGGUGCUGUCGCCGUGGCCGGUAACCUGCCGUUCCUCGGCACCGUCGCUAUGGAGGGAGUGUUCCCAACCGCCGGCGCCGGCGCUGUGUCCUACGGUUGCGGUGACGGUGCUGUCGCCAUCACUGCCGAGGGUCCCAUCGCUGGUCCCGCCGCCAUUGCUCCCGCCAUGGGCCCUCUCGGGCUUGGUGCCGUUGGCCCCGCAAUCGCCCCGCUCGGUCUCGCUGCCGCCACUCCUCUCGGCUACGCUUCACGCGGGUGCGGAUGUGGUGCCCCCAUCGUUUAUUAGACUAUAAUAAAUUUAUAAAAAAUAAAUAAAACUGAUAUGAAUGA